UCAGAGGAAUUACGUAACAAUGUUUUCUGCUGUGUGGAAUAGGUGAAGGUUGAAUUUUCAUAACCUGUUUAAUGUUAUUGCUACACGUGCAAGUUGCUGAAGUGGGUAGGAAUUGUAGCUCCUGAACUAUAAGUGUUUAUUCAGUUACUGCGUAUGCAAGAAGAGGGACGCUUUAUUAAGCAGUUCUUCAACCGUAACAGGUUUACUUCUCCAUGUAGAUACGUGUAAUUCUUCCAUCCCAGGCUGAAUAACAUCAGUGAAGACAACAUGGAAAAUAUUGAUGGAGAUGAUGAGUUCCAAGAUGCCUAUGAAACUCCACCUAUGUCCAGUAGCAUGGACUUGGAGUCUGCCCUAAAUGAAGCUAGAAUAGCUGUAAAUUAUUUUUUCAAUAACAAGUUUGAUGAGGCACGAAGAACGCUGGAACCUUGGGCAAACAGCAGUAUGUAUCAUGCUGUUGGACACAGUGUGUUCACAUUUUUGGAGGCUAUGCUGACCUUUGAACACCAACACAUUGAGAAAGCAUCAGAAGCGUUGAAACAGUGUAUGGCAGUGUGUAAUAGGUAUCGCAGGAAGAAUACUAUAACUGAAUCAAUUGGAAAGAUGGUGAAGAAACCUAAUUAUGAUUUAUACACAGCAGAAGAGGUCCAUGCUGAAUUAUGUUACGCAGAAGCUUUACUGCUGAAAUCAUUGCUUACAUUUGUAGAAGAUGAAACAUUAGUUAGUUUUAUCAAAGCAGGCAUUAAAAUAAGAUCCUGUUAUAACUCAUACAAAGAGUGUGCAAACAUUCUGCAUACUAGAAAGUGGAAUAGUGAAUCCUAUAAAGUUCAUUUUGAGAGUGGUGUUCGUAUGGGAAUUGGAGCCUUUAAUUUGAUGAUAUCUCUACUGCCUGCUCGUGUAAUUAAGCUCCUAGAGUUCAUCGGAUUUUCAGGUAACAAGGAAGUAGGCCUCAGGGAACUGCAGGCUGGGUACCAGCUGCAUAACAGUAUUCGCCAAGUUUUGUGUGUCAUGACACUCUUAGGAUAUCAUCUAAUUGUACUCUAUGUACUGAGCCAUACUGAUGGAGACCUCGAUUUUUGUGAUGAGAUUUUGAGUACACAACUCAAGAUGUAUCCUGAAGGAGCUUGGUUCCUCUUCUUCAAAGGUCGACUUGAGUUUAUGAAGGCAAAUAUUGAUGAUGCUAUAAAAUGGUACAUUUCUUCAUGGAAAUCCCAAAAUAUGUGGGUGCAGUUUCAUCAUAUGUGUUUCUGGGAACUGAUGUGGACAAACAGUGUUAAACAGAACUGGCAUGAAGCUAGCGAAUUUGCUGGACGAUUGUUUGAAGAAAGUAAAUGGUCAAAAACUAUUUAUGCUUAUCAAAAAGCUGCAAUGUUGUGUAUGCUAGGUGAUGACCUCACUGAUGAUGAACAGACUGAAAUUGAAUAUCUUAUGAGGCAUGCACCUCAAUGGAAGCAGAGGAUAGCUGGAAAAUCAUUGCCAAUGGAGAAGUUUGCAGUCAAAAAGUCGGAACGCUAUUUUUCUCAAGGGAAAAGCUUGGUUCUUCCAGGUUAUGAACUAAUGUAUGUGUGGAACCUGUUCAAACAAAUUGGGAAAAAAUGGGAAAUGUUAGAUUCAGUGUAUAAACGAGUUGAAAAAGUACUCAGAAAGUUGGAAUCAACACGUGAAGAAGGCGAAUAUCAUGCAGACAACAAAGCAUUAGUUUUAUUGUUGAAAGGAACAUGUUUGCGACUGAUGAAUACCCCACUUCAAGCAGAGGAAUCCCUAAAUAUUGUGCUUUCAUUGGAGAAAAAAAUAAAAGAAGAUCUUUAUCUUAUACCGUAUGCUAUGGUUGAACUGGCACUACUAUACAGGAGUCAAAAUGAUCUCUCUAGAGCAGCCCAAUUAUUGGAAGAUGCAAAGAAGAACUAUACUGGGUAUUCUCUGGAGUCACGCCUUCAUUUCAAGAUACAUUCUUUCCAGUCUGAGUUGAACACGAGGAAAUCAUCAGAUGAGACUACUUCAGAACUUUCUAGUCAGUAGUUGAUGACAAAUUUAUGUUUCUAAAAAUGUGUGCAAUUACCUUGACCAAACCAGUAAAACACUAUUUUCUUUCUAACUUCAGUAAAUGUAAUCUCUGGGGUUUUUGAUCUCAAAAGACAUGAAAACUAUUUUGUCAUUACUGGUUUUUGUACUGGGUAAGAUAUAUACAUUCCAAUUUUUUUUUACAUGCUUAAUGCUGUGAUCCAAUUGUUGAACACUUUAUUGUCUUGAAGAAAUUGUUUUAAAGAAUGUUUUUGUUUAUUUAAAUAUUGUUAAUGUUUUAGAAGUUUUAAUAUUUUUGACAAAAUAUUUCAUGAUCAUUCUUCCAUUUUAUCUUGCAGUGAAAUAGUUACUCUUCACACAAGUUGAAGUAUCUAGUUACGACGUUGUUAAACAACAAAUGAUCUACUUGAGUCUUACAUCGAGAAGUCAGAAAAUUGUGUGUUUGUACUUCCAUACUUUUCAUACAGGCCCCGCUCGCCACCGCCCCCCCUUCCCGCCCCGCUCUCUCUCUCUCUCUCUCUCUCUCUCUCUAUGGUCGAAAGCUUAGCAAUAUUUCCAGUACUUAUAUUCUACAUUUAUGUGCAUAUCUACCACACAAUCCUUCAUUUAAAUGGUGGGCUGUUACUUUUACUCAUUUCAAUAUUUGUAUUCCAUCUGUAUAACCAGGGAAUCCAUCUGUUAAAAAUGGUGUGCUAUUUAAAUGCUUGUACAAUAUACAGAUAUGCUCAUUACUUAUGUCAGGUGCCCCAUAACUCACUCAGCUUUGCUUUUAAGCAGUAGUUUGCUUAACCUUUCAAUUUUUUUAAUUUCUGAAGGAUGUUCUGUGUGGCUUGGUCCCUUCUUCCACAACAAUCAACUAAUUUUCCCACAUCUCUUCAAUAGUUUACUUGUCCGGAGUUCCAAUGUUGUUGCUGUGUCUUGUUCAGGUAAAACAGGGGAUACGAGAUACAUUUAGUGCUUUCAUGUAGCAAGGUAGAUAUGCAUCUGCUGAAGAUGAGUUGCAGUACAUAUGUGGACAUUAUUUAACUUCUUUUUAAUCUAACCUCAAACAUGUUUUUUAGACAUUUCUCAUUAUCCAAGAACUGCCAAGAUGCAUAGUUACUCUACUCACAAUUGGAUGAAUCUACUUAAUCAGAAGAUGAUUCUGAAUAUUCUGCUAUGAGCACAAUCUUUAUGUGCUCUGCAUGUGGUUUCAGUUAGUGUUUAAUUGUUUUUGUUAUCUGAUAUACUGUGUGUAAGUCAUUACAUUUAUGUUUUUCUAUCUCUUUCUGCGUUUCAUUCGCAAUUUUUGUGUGUCAGGGGCACUGCCUAGGUGCAGUUGUGUCAGUAGUCUUAUAUUUAUUUUCAGUUUACAGAACUGUUAGAUGAAUCUCAAGAAGUGGAUGGACAUUAAUCAUCUUCAUGUGAUCACAGUGCUUGUCUUUGUGUGAUGCUAAUGCUCAGACUGGAUUUCUUUCUUUGUAGUCUAUUUCCCAUAUAUUCUGCAUAAUAAUAACUAUAACUGUUGCUUAUUCAAUUAUCUGGCUGACAAUAAUUUGUUAAAAGGAUUGUGUGAUUAGAAAUAGGAUUGAUUGAUGUAUGUGAGAUAAGUAUGCAACUUGAAAUUUUUCUUGCCAUAAUGCAUUAUACAGAUAAAAAGAUAUUUUCAUAUGCCAUAAGUAAUUCCAUUAAGAUGACAAAUGAAGAUGAAGGAACAAAGAUUUCCUAAAGAAAACUAUGGCCUAGAUCACAUUAUACCUGUGAUAAAAGAACCAGUAUUUCUUCAGGGACAUGCCUGAUGUCAGUUGCGUAUGUCAAUGUCUCUGUUAUAUUUGUUUGUGUAUAGUAUAUUAAAUAAAAGGUGUAAUAUGAAUUUGUGUUCUUACAUUGUGAGAAAUAAACGUUUCUCAUCAUUAACUGUUUAUUUAACAUUGAAUUUUUAUGUUGUUUUUAUUGUACUUCAGUGACACAGAACAAAGCAUCAUAAUAAAUAUUUUGUUGCUGUGAGAGAA